AUGAACGUCCCACCCGGAUUUACCGAUGGCUCAGCCUACUGGGCUCGCCUGGCUGCCUUCCGCCAGGCCGACCGCGAGCGAGAGGAGAUGGUCACCGAGUUGGUUACCAAAUACACCCAUCUUAUGGAGCAGUUUCAGCAGAAAUGUGACGACCUUGAGAAUGAGGUUGCGUCACGACGCAUGUGGCACAAGCGGGCCACUGAGGCAGCCAACAAUCUGACCGAUCUCAAAUAUGUUACCCGGUUACAGGAAGCUCACCCUAUGGUGUUUGCAAUCAUCGACGGGGACGGCGCCAUCUUUCGUGAGGAACUCAUCUCUCAGGGAGGCGCCGGCGGAUCCCAAGCGGCUCACUUGCUGCAAACCGCAAUUAAGAAGCAUCUCAAGGAAAUCUACGCCGACACCAAUGUCGAGACGUGGAAUAUUGUCGUCCAGAUCGUGCUUAAUCAGGACGGCCUAUCAAACAAGUUACAGAGCGUCAACCUCGUUGACAAGCAGGACGACCUUGCCAAUUUUGCUCGUGCCUUUGGACGCACGCAGCCGCUGUUCUGCUUUGUCGACGUUGGCUCGGGAAAGGAACAGGCCGAUCAUAAGAUUCGAGAGAUGCUUCGUGUUAUGAUUCGCAAUGCGCAGUGCCGCCACAUUAUAUUCGGACCCUGCCACGACAAUGGAUACAUUCCGGUCCUGAAGCCCUAUGAGCUCGAUUCCGACGUCUCCUCCAAGAUCACUCUUUUAGAGACGACCCCAGCCGGCCCGGGAUUCCGCCAGCUUCGCUUCCCUCGCGCCGAGUUUCCCGAAGUCUUUCGGUCCCAGCCCCUGCCGGAGCGAGCCAUCGUUGCGCCCCCGCCACCCACCCCGUCCCCUACUAUUCUUAGCAAGGGAUCCGGAUCCGACAAGAGAUCGCCCGCCGGGAGCUACGCGGUUGUUAGAGGCAGCAAUAGCGAGGCCAAGGUCAUCAACAUCGCCCCGACCAAGACGCGGCCCAAGCUGCCGCCCAAGUUCCUCGUCCUCAACGUCGACCGCGAGCGCCUCGACGAGCCGCUCAUGCGGACCGACCCCUCGGCCCUCAAGCGCGUGACCGAGCGGUCGACGGCCGAGGGCCGCCUGUGCAACAACUUCCACAUCACGGGCACGUGCAAGGACGAGGACUGCGCCUACGUCCACGGCCCGCGCGUCGGCGCGUCCGAGCAGCUCGUGCUCAAGCACAAGUCGCGCGGCCUGCGCUGCUACAAGAUGACGGGCUGCAGGGACGUCGAGUGCCCGUACGGCCACCACUGCCGAUAUGGUCGGAACUGCGAUAACCAGCAUAAGUGCCGUUUCGCCGACACGCACCAUGUCAAGCUUACACCUGCCGUCCGCGCCUACGAGGACGGAACCGAAGAGCAGAUUAACCACUACCGUAAGCACAAGCACAACAGUACAACAGUGCAGCACACCAAAUUCCAUUGUAUCAUUCCUGUCUCGUUUUCAUCACUGCUUGGCCUCCUUUUUGUAUUUAAUGUAUUUUGGUGGCGCAACACAGGGAUGGGUCUCCUUGAGAAGGUACUCGAUCUCCAGAUCCCCCGGGAUAUCCGGAUCUCCCCAGACGCGACACGAGUGGUCUACACCACGAGCCUCAAGCAAUACCAUAGAGUAGGCGACAAUCUGCCCUCGACGCUCUGGAUCGCGCAGCUGGACACCGCCAAGUCGGCGCGGGCGCUGACGGACGGCACCCGCAACGACCGGAUGCCCCGCUGGUCGCCCGACGGGAAGCAUCUCGCCUGCUUAUCGGACAGGGCGGGGGAUCCGGGGAAGACGACCGCGAUCUACUUGCAGGAGAUAUCUGGCGUGGACAAAGUCGGCGAGCCGAGGGCACUCACACCGGACACUAACGAGCAGCGCAUAUCAAACUUCGAGUUCAGCCCCGAUGGCAAGUUCAUCGCCUAUGUGAAGACGCCCGAGAGGUCACCCGAGGACAAGGCGAAGAAGAAGGCCAAGGACGAUGCAGUGAUCUGGGGCGAGGACUGGCAGUACGCGCGCCUCUACCUGCUCGACGUGGUGACGGGCGAGAUCGACACCAUCUUCGAGCACGAGGCCAGCGUCGGCGACUUUUCGUGGAGCGACGACGGGUCCGAGAUCGCGUUCACGACGACGCGCACGCCGCACGCCGAGAGCGGCUGGCUGCACGGCGUGACGAUCUCCGUCGUCAGCGUGGCGACGCGCCAGGCGCGGGAGAUCUGCUGCGUGCCGCGGGCGGCGUGGAGCCUGACGUGGUCGGGCUCCAAGGCGUACUUCCUGGGGUUCAACGACCCGCAGUGCUCGCUGACGGGGCUAGCGGUGUACGCCGCGGACCUGGCGGGGCGGGACCGUCACGCCGCCGCCGCCGCCUUCGAGAGGGUGGCGCACGGCGACACGGACUGCGCGCAGGGGCUGGCCCGGGCGUGCGGCGGCGAGCUGCUCGUGCGGGUGGAGCGCGGGCUCGAGGACCACUUCCGGUUCCUGAGCGGGCGGCUGGUGCUCGGGACGAACAGGGUCACGAGCAAGUUUGACGUGGCGCGCGGCGGCGGCGGGGAGGACGUGCUGGUGGGCUCGCAGGGCGACUUCAACGCGCCGAUGGAGGUGUUUGCCAUCACGGCGUCGGGCGCCAGGACGCAGCUGUCGGAUCACGGCGGGGAGCUGCGCGCGGCCUACGGCGAUUUCUGCACGUGGACGCACCUGCAGUGCUCUACGCUCGACGGAAAGGAGGUCCUGGACAACAUAUUCCUCACGCCUACUGCGCGCCACCGCCACCGCAGCAAGGAAGGAGCGCCGCUGCCGACCAUGGUGCUCGUCCACGGUGGGCCGUACGCGCGCGUCGCGCCGGCGUUUGACGUCCUCGACACGUCCUUCUCGGCCGUCCCGCUCCUGCUGGCCGAGGGCUUCGGCGUGCUGCUGCCCAACUACCGCGGCGGCAGCGGGCGCGGCCGGCGCUUCGCGUCCUACAGCUACGGCGGGGCGGGGCUGUACGACGAGCCGGACGUCGUGGCGGCGACGCAGGACGCCGUGCGGCGCGGGCUGGCGGACCCGCGGAGGCUGGUCGCGAUGGGGUGGUCGCAGGGCGGGUACGUGUCGUACCUGGCGGCCGUGCGCAACGGCCGGCACGGCCUCGGCUGGAGGUUCCGGGGCGUGAUACCGGGGGCCGGGAUCACGGACCUGGACGCCAUGGUGCUUACGUCGGACAUCGGGUACGAGCAGGCCGAGUUCAUCCGGCGGGCGGCGUGGAGGGGCGACGGGCUGCCGCAGGAUGGUGAUGGCGAAGAAGAGUGUCUAAGGAGGGCCCUGGAGGAGGAGAGGAGGGUGCGGCGGGCGUCGCCGCUGUGGGGGUUCAAGAGGGCGGCCGAGGAAGGGCGGAUCCCGGCCGUGCUGAUGCUGCACGGCGGCGCGGACACGCGGGUGCCGGUGUCGCAGGCUUGGGGGUUCCGGCGGGCGAUGGAGGAGGCCGGACUGCCGUUUGAGAUGGUGACGUAUCCGCGAGAAGAUCACUGGUUUAAGGAGAGGAAACAUAUCGAGGACAUGUUGACGCGGGUGGUGGGCUUUGUGAAGAAGGACAUUGGGUAG